AUGGCACACAUCGCCUUGGCCGUCGUCUUCGCCCUUGCAGCUAUUCUGCUCUUCGAAUACCUUCUCUUGCGUCCGUUGUUCUCGAGUCCGCUGAGCCGUGUUCCAGGGCCCAAGCUGUACGCCCUCACCAGGUGGCGACUCGCUUACGAGGACUGGAAAGGCACUCGCACACGUACCAUUCAUCUGCUUCACCAGAAAUAUGGACCGGUGGUUCGAGUCGGGCCCGACGAACUCUCCUUUAGUAGCUCAACGGCACUGCGCACCAUCUACGGAGCAGGAAGCCAGUUUGGGAGAACGUGCUUCUACCGCAUGUUUGACGUCUAUGGCCAACAGAACCUGUUUUCGUUCCACUCGACCAGGGAACACGGCGACAGGAAAAGACUCCUCUCCCACAUGUACUCGAAAUCCGCUGUGCUCAAGGAAUCAACGAGCUGCAUGCUGGAAGAAAAGGCAGGUGAAUACUUGAAACUAAUCGAGUCCGAGCCACACGGCAUCAGCAACGUCUUCACCUCGUUGCACUAUUACUCCUUGGAUGUCAUCACAACCUUCAUCUACGGCAGCUAUGGCGGCACAUCUGCCCUGAAGGGAUCCAAGCCUCACCAAGCCCUGAUCAGCGACAUCGUGCACCCGUCUCGACGGAGGCUGUCCUGGUUCUGGGUGCACUUGCCGGCAUUCACGAAAUGGCUAUACUCGCGCCAGGCCUUGCUCGGCCGGCUCGUACGGCCUGUCCUCCCAAUGCAGAGACCAACCACGUACACCGGCAUUCGAAAUUUCGCUCUCGACUCGGUCAACAGAUUCCUGCAUCAUCACAGAGGUGGCAAGGAAUGUCGCGACGCGGAUGGUAGGUCCACGGCUCCCGACAACCGUAGCAUGCAUAUCGCAGGAGGGUUGCUCACCAGAGGUGUCCCGACAGGAGCAGUGUCAACUCUCAGUCAACUCUGGAAGCACCAUGAAUCCCAAAGAGCAGACGGCCUGACCGACUUGCAAAUGGCAUCCGAGUGCGCCGAUCAUUUCCUAGCCGGCAUCGACACCACCAGCGAUACCCUGAUGUUCCUCAUCUGGGUGCUGUCUCUGCCCGUCAAUCUCGGGUAUCAGGAGAGGCUGAGAGACGAGGUGCUCAGCAUCGCCGAUGAAUCGCUGAACAAGCACGGCACCCCGCGGGCCGAAGCCGGCGAUCGAUGUGUGUUUCUCAAUGCCGUCACGAAGGAAGCGUUGAGACUGUACGCUCCCCUGCCGAGUUCCGAGCCCAGAUCAGUUGACGCCGAGUCCGUGAUUGACGGAUACGUCGUCCCGGCCCACACGGUGGUGAGUAUGUCACCGUGGACGCUGCAUCGCAAUUCAGAGGUGUUCAAGGACCCGUUGACAUUCAACCCCGAGCGCUGGCUAGGGCCCGAUGCUGCCGAGUUAAACCGCUGGUUCUGGGCCUUUUCAAGCGGUGGAAGAAUGUGCAUCGGCAUGCAGACCUCGAUAGCGCUGGGGUUCGAGGACAUCUCCCCCGGAAUUACCGCUCGAGUUGAGACUUUUUGGGACGACCGAUUCUCUCGCGUUUUGGUUGGUGUCUCCCUGCCCCUUUGGAAGAAGCAACGCCUUGCUAAGGUUACAAUGUUGCAGGAGAAUACGUGCCUGAUCAAGUUUGACAAGCUUUAG